AGGCCCAAGCGCGUGUGUGUGGGGUGAAUUGGCUGGCUCGACAUAUUCGCAUACAUAGUCUCGAUUCUCUCGAACCCUUCAAGCUGUCAACCACCACCACCAUCAUGGCACCCACGACCUCCGCCGCUGAGGGAUCUACCAACCCCAACGGUAAAUCGCACAACAAGGUCGUCAUCAUUGGUUCAGGUCCGGCCGGCCAUACCGCUGCCAUUUACCUCGCCCGUGCCAACCUGGAGCCUGUCAUGUUUGAGGGCAUGCUGGCAAAUGGAUUCGCACCUGGUGGUCAAUUAACCACAACCACUGAUGUUGAAAAUUUCCCUGGAUUCCCAGAGGGCAUUCGCGGCCCAGAGAUGAUGGAUCUAUUCCGAGCACAAUCGAUCCGAUUCGGCACAAAGAUCUUGACCGAAACGGUAUCGAAGAUCGAUCUAUCCAAUCGGCCUUUCAAAUACUGGCGCGAAGGUCAUGAAUCAGACGAGUCAGAGACGGCGGAUUCGAUCAUCAUCGCGACGGGGGCCUCAGCUCGUCGUUUGAAUUUACCUGGAGAGGAUACCUACUGGCAGUCCGGCAUUUCGGCCUGUGCAGUCUGUGACGGGGCGGUGCCGAUCUUUCGUGAUAAACCGCUGGCCGUAAUAGGUGGGGGUGAUAGUGCUUGUGAAGAAGCUACCUACCUGACUAAGUACGCCAGUAAGGUCUUCGUACUGGUCAGAAGAGACCAGUUAAGAGCUAGUAAAGUUAUGGCCAAGCGUUUAAUGAAUCAUCCCAAGGUUACGAUCCUUUGGAACACAGUUCCAGUGGAGGCCAAAGGGGACGGAAACUUGCUGAACUCCCUGCUAGUCAAAGACACCAAAACAGGGGAGGAACGGACGAUAGAUAUCAACGGUUUGUUCUAUGCGAUUGGCCACGAGCCGGCGACAGCAUUAGUUCGGGGCCAGCUGAAGACGGAUGAGGAUGGGUACAUCUGCACCAAGCCCGGCACAUCCGAGACCAGCAUCCCUGGAGUCUUCGCAGCCGGAGACGUCCAAGACAAAAAGUACCGCCAGGCAAUCACUAGCGCGGGAACUGGAUGCAUCGCUGCCUUGGAAUGUGAGCGCUUUCUGGCCGAGGAGGAGGCAAUGGAUCGAGACGGAGAGCCUGUUGUUCCUCAACCAGGGUACCUUGGAACAGAUAAACCCUAGGGGCCAGAGACACUUAGAGAAAACAAAAACGCGAUCGAUCUUUGAACGUUCUUCUUCCAUAAAUUCUUCGAAAAGAAACAUUCAUUUUGUGACAAUAAUAAUACAUUCUCCAUUGAUAAACAUGGUCUUGUUUUUUUUUUUUUUGGUUAUUCCCAACUCGUGUUUAACUUUCCCUUCCCUGGUCUAGUAAAAUGAAAUCAACACAAAAAUAAGCGACACUUAUUUUUUUUUAGUCAGAUCAAAGUGUUUCGCGACA